AGAGCGCACGACGAGUCCAACAUCUCCACGCUCGGAAGCGUAAAGCAACAUUUUGCUCGAAUCUUAAGGCUUCACAGACGUCUGUAAUGCGUUACUGACAAGACUUCAAUCAUCAGCAUCAUCUUUAUCCUCAGAAAGCAUAGUCAAGCGCCAAUGUAUCAAUGACUUUCUCCAGGAAACUAACAACCGCCCUCCUGCUGGUGCUCCUCGCAGCGCAAGGCUGUUUUUCAUCGAAGGGGGAGGACAGAUUAUUUCGGAGGUUGUUCAGGAGGUACAAUCAGUUCAUCCGGCCAGUGGAGAAUGUAUCGGAUCCAGUCACAGUGGAGUUUGAGGUGUCCAUGUCUCAACUGGUUAAAGUGGAUGAGGUGAAUCAGAUUAUGGAAACCAAUCUGUGGCUGAGACAUGUGUGGAACGACUACAAACUGAAAUGGGCCCCUGUUGACUACGAUGGGAUUGAGUUCAUACGAGUUCCAUCCAAUAAAAUUUGGAGGCCAGACAUUGUUUUGUACAACAAUGCUGUAGGUGACUUCCUCGUGGAAGACAAGACCAAGGCUCUGCUGAAGUUUGAUGGCACCAUCACCUGGAUUCCUCCAGCUAUUUUCAAAUCCUCCUGCCCCAUGGACAUCACCUACUUCCCAUUUGACUACCAGAACUGCUCUAUGAAGUUUGGCUCCUGGACCUACGACAAGGCCAAGAUCGACUUGGUGCUCAUUGGCUCAAAGGUGAAUCUGAAAGACUUCUGGGAAAGUGGAGAGUGGGAGAUCAUCGACGCACCAGGAUACAAGCACGACAUCAAGUACAACUGCUGCGAGGAGAUCUACCCGGACAUCACCUACUCCUUCUACAUCCGCCGCUUGCCUCUCUUCUACACAAUCAACCUUAUCAUCCCCUGCCUCCUCAUCUCCUUCCUCACAGUGCUGGUCUUCUACCUCCCGUCUGACUGCGGCGAGAAGGUCACCCUGUGUAUCUCCGUCCUCCUCUCCCUCACUGUGUUCCUGCUGGUCAUCACUGAGACCAUCCCUUCGACAUCACUUGUCAUCCCUCUGAUCGGGGAGUACCUCCUCUUCACCAUGAUUUUUGUCACGCUCAGCAUCGUCAUCACUGUCUUUGUGCUGAAUGUUCACUACCGCACCCCUAUGACUCACACAAUGCCGGAGUGGGUGAGGUCUGUGUUCCUUGGGGUGCUGCCCAGGGUGAUGCUGAUGAGGCGGCCUAUUGACCAGGGCUGCUCCCCCCCUGCCAGUAUUACAGGAGGGAGCAGUGGGGGAAACACAAAGAGAAAGAACAGCAUAGGAGGAGGAAGUGGCUCAGGAAGUGUGAGUGUCGGAGGUAUAACUGGAGGUGUAGCGUGUGCACCGCUGGAUGGUUGCACAGGAGUAGGAGGGGCCUCCUCAGCUGGCAGCUCCAUGAACUGUGUGGAGUAUGGUGAGAUGAACCGUGACAUGAACCGGGAUAUGAACAGGAGGUGCCCCUACAGAGGCAAGGAGGUACCGACUCCUGUCCCUCCCACAAUGGUGCCUCCUCCUCCUCCUCCUCCCCCCCCACAGGCACCUCCGACCCAGGUGCCCCAGGAGUCAGAGUUGCCCAAGGUGCCGAGGCCGCUAAAUGCCCCUUCAGCUGUCAACGCUGUUGUUGCCUUCUCCGUGGUGUCUCCAGAGAUCAAGCAGGCCAUAGAGAGCGUGAAGUACAUCGCAGAGAACAUGAGGACUCGCAACAAAGCUAAAGAGGUGGAGGACGACUGGAAGUACGUUGCCAUGGUCAUCGACAGGAUCUUCUUGUGGGUUUUUGUGACAGUGUGUGUGCUGGGAACAGUGGGACUCUUCCUCCAGCCACUCAUUAGCUUCUUUCAAUGAGAAACUCUUUUUUGUCCUGUCCAUUUGUCCCUCUUUUUUUUGUCUAUUUCUGUCUGUCACUUUAUCCCACUUGAAUUACUUUGGGAAUUAUCCCUCCUGUAGCUCUUUCACAUCAAACACUUAACUGUCUUCUUUUUCCUUUUUUGGCGUUCUGUCUCUCAUCUCUCUGUCUCAUGCUCUUCUCUGGGACUCCAUCAUCAGACAUCACUUCUAGCUCUCAGCUGUUUCCUCACAUGACUUACCCUGAUUUCCCCAUGUCAUCUUUGCCUUGCCCUCUCAAUGUGCACGCAAUGCUGUUACCCAGUCUCUUCCUCUCCAACAAUGUUAUUUUCUGACAUGAUAAUCACAUCUGCUCUCCUUCCUCUUUCCCUUUCUCAGUUUUUCUCCUCUCCUCAGCCAUAUUCUGACCUGCCCCUGCCUACAGCUUAUCUAUUCAAUUUUGUUCGUUCUUCUCUGCAUUUCCAUUCUGUGUUUUACUGAAAAUCCAUUGUUAUUGUACAAUCUUAUACAAUAUGUUACAAUGUCAGGUAAUUAUUAAAGUAAUUAGUAUAAUUGCUCUAACAGAACGUCUUAAUAAACAGGAAGGGAUACCUGAAUACCUUUUUGUGAGUUUUGCAGUAGGACUUUGGCGUUGUAGGCCAGUGCAAUAAGACAAACUUUUGAGAAAUGUAGUAUAUAAUUUCUGUGUUAAAGACAAAUACUGACAGCUGGUAAUAAUAAGUAUGAUGUUGUGAUGUGAAGGUCACCUGAUGGCUGGCACCUGUACAUAUGUUUGUAAAAUACAAAAGAUUUAUGCAUGGCUUCUGAGAAGGAUGCUAUCGCUGUACACGCAAAAUGUGUUUUCCACAUGCUCACACUAAACCGGCCUUUGCACACCAAGUUCAUGUAUUUCGUAUGGGGUCAUCCUAUAAAAAUGAUUACGCACAGAAACCUUGCACACUGAGUCUGAUGCGUGUUAUUACAUGUAUGUGGGUGCAAUGAAUAGUGCUCGUCCCAAACAGGGCUAAUUAAUUAAUGACAUUAGCAAGAAGCUAUCGUUUAGCUGCCUAGAGCUUAAUCACUUUCUAAUCUUUCAUACAUCCUUAGGUUUGCGAUCAGUACCUACCAUCCCUGAUUCCAAGCUGUUCUGCAAUCACCUGCCACAACCUAUCUUUAAAUUCUGCUUCUCCGUAUUCUUUACUUUGUUUAUCAUAAAGUGCUUUGCGUUGGAAGACGUUAAAUCAGUUUAUCAGAUGCCAUUUUGGAUGAUGACGUUUUGCAUGUACUGAGGGGUCAAACAUCUCUCUAAAGGCUUUUGAUGAAUGCGAAAUAAACAAACUUGUUCCAAAAACUAAUGAUCGCUGAAGGUUUCGGAUUUGGUGUGUGAACAUGAUUGACGCAAUGUGAGGUUGCAUUUAUUAUUAAACGUGCAACAAUUUCUGAGUUGGUGUGUAAAGGCCUUAAGUUUAAUAAUUACGCAUCGCACAUGAAUUCACAACUUCACUGCAAACUUACAAUCUAUAGAAUCUCUUUGAAAUGUAGAUUAAACUUGUAAAAAGAUA